AUGGAGCAAGAGCUACGUGAGCUAGGAAUCUUUGUCCCUGGCAAGAAGCGCGAUACGGAGUCCGACGAUGGUUCGUCCACACUUCGGAACCAAUAUGCCAUUGGCCAGGAGGAGAGAUCGAGGAAUGCGAUCUAUCUUCACCGGUGGUUUGCAGAAUUGGAAGAUGAUCCUGCACUCACAGACUUCGCCCCGCGUCUUGAUGACCAUCUUCGGUACCGGCUUAUUGAACGGUUCGGCGGAGAUACUGCAGACCUUGCUGGUGUUUCGAUUUAUUACAAGGAUGAUCGUCUAUAUGCUCAUUCGACGGUCCGAUUCCACUUCACCACAUACGACAUUCGACGUGACCAGGAUACAGUCAACCCCGGCACGGACAAACGGUAUAUUUUCGUUUCUCUAGGUUCAGGCUCAUUUGGGGCUUGCGCUUAUGCACAGGUACUUGGGAUAUUUCAUGUGCAAGUUGAAGGGGAUGCACUCCCUUCUGGUGUGGAGUCUGAAUGUUUCGAUUUUCUAUGGGUCCGCUGGUUCAAACACCUUGAAAGCACAGAGCCUACUAGUACGCCGUCUUGCCGCCUCGACGCAUUGCAAUUCAUUCCUGGGAAUUCGGCGGAUGCAUUCGGUUUUGUCGAUCCAAGCCAUGUUAUACGGGGUGCGCAUAUUAUUCCAGCAUAUCAAGAUGGAAGAACUACCGAGCUGCUGGCCCCUUCCAUAGCUCGGGACAAGGACGGGGAUUUCAACUACUACUACGUGAACAGAUUUGUCGACCGGGAUAUGUUUGUACGAAAUAUUGGAGUGGGUGUGGGUCACGUACCCGGAACCCAUCUCACUUCAAUCCCGAACUAUGACCUUGAUAUGGAAGACAUCCUGGAUGAUCCGGAGUGCCCCAGUGAAGCUCCAGAGACUGGUAAUCGGGAUGCUGAGUCUUUGGAUGCCAGUGAGGACGAUGGGCUGGAACCCGAAGAUGCUGAGGACGGAGAUGACGAUGAUGGCAUCCAGGAUUUUGAAGACAUACAGGAUGAUUAUGCUGACUUGUAG